AUGGUACGCGCCGCGUCGCGCUGCCGACGACAGCACGUGUUCCAGGCUUUGCUCGCAUCGUUUGCGUACCUUGGCUUCUGGCAAAGCACAUCACUUUUCGUCACCCGCGGUUUCCGCGUGCAGCGGAAGGCAACGACAGAGGACGACGUGCCAAGCCGCGACUUCUCCGACCCAAUAGCGAAGGCCUUUUCCGCCGGGCCUCCCUUGCGCAUCACAGAUGGAGGCCUGCAGCCGGAUCUCUUCAGCACAGCCGAGGGUUCGCGAGUGAAGUGGGGCGUACUCAAGGAGGAUGUUGGUAUCAUCGACCGAAGCGAUACAGCAGAGAGGCAGGCGAAUUGA